AUGAAUUACUAUCAGCCUAAAUCAAAUGGCAAUAUCCAUCCUACGUGUAAUGAAGUUUAUUCAUCUUUAUUAAUGAGUAGUUCGAAUAAAAGUAUGAUAAUGUCGACAAAGAACAUCAUGAUGAGAACAGAAGAACAAAAGUCAACAUCUAUUGAUGAUAAAAAUCUAUCCAGCAGUGUAUUAUCAGAAGAAAAAUUAAUCAAAUGCAAAAAAGAACGUUAUCGUGAACAUCAGCGCCGGAAACGUGCUUCCUUACAAUAUCGUCAUGCACAUGCAGCACGUGAACGUCAACGCGUAGCAGAAUUCAAUAAAGCCUUUAAAAAACUACACAGUUUACUGCCAACUAACCCAACUGGACGACGUUUAUCAAAGUUACAAAUACUCAAACUUUGUUCUUCUUAUAUAUCUUAUUUAACCUGGAUACUGAAAAGUGAUUGUUGUUAUUUUUCUUAUAUAUAA